AUGGAUAACACCUGCUUUUCCUCUGAUUAGGGACAGAAGGAUAAUUCCUUCAGUCAUGAUGAACUUUCAGUUCAGCCCUUCGUCUUGCAACCGCCACUUCACAAUUUUCAGAAUCGGCAGGAGCAACAGCAUCAAUUACUCGAUACUGCGCUAAUUCUACACGAUCUGCAAGCUCCUUUUAUCGACGAUGAUCAAGCCACACUAGUUGAAAACUACUCAAAUUUGAGUGACAUUGAUUCAUGCAACCUAAAAUCAGUUUGUGAUAGGUCUAAAAGUACAGAACAUAAUCCAACCUCCUUCGCACAUCUAACUAAUCAAUAUCAACCUUUAGUGGGCUCGAGAUGGUGUAGUACUUGGGUUCCCGGUCGUCACCAGCAAUCCUUUCUUCCUGACUGGCAACCACUUUCUUCAGAAAGACUUAGAGAACUUGAUGGCGAUGUGUUGGCUGGACCGUAUCUCCUUACCGAUUUUCUCGACCCUUAUGGACAAACAGCGCACAUCUCUCUGACAAGUCCUGAACUGCUUAAGUGCCGAUCAAGGCUCUUCGCUAUCCUCAUUAAGGCUAUGCCAUUUUCCUCAACUUCCCUGCAUCAUAGUGACCUUGUGAAUCAUGUCAUCGUUCAUGCUGGGUCGGAAGAUGAACCUUAUGAAUGCGGAGCGGCUGCCCUGGAGAAAAAGAACAAGUCAAUCGGCUUAUCUGCAGAAGAUAAUAUUCAUCAUUCGAAGGUGCCUGUUUAA